AUGGAGUCUCAAUAUGUUAGUUUACAGAUGAAACACCAGGUAAAAACACCAGAAGGAAACCUAACUGUAUGGACAGAAUUCGUCCUUUGGGAGUUUGCUGAUGUUCCCCAUCUCCAGUGGUUUCUGUUUGGAAUGUUCUUUGUCAUCUACAUGAUCAUCCUGCUGGGCAAUGGAACUAUAUUGGUAAUAACCAAAGUGGAACCUGCUCUCCACACCCCCAUGUACUUUUUCUUUGGCAAGUUUUCCUUUGUGGAGAUCUGUUAUGUUUCAGUUACUCUCCCCAGAAUGCUCAUGAAUCUCGGGACCCAGAGAAGGACCAUCUCUUUGGUUGCCUGUGCUACACAGAUGUGCUGUGUUCUUGUACUGGGAGCAGCAGAAUGUUUCCUUCUAGUAGUAAUGGCCUAUGACCACUAUGUGGCCAUUUGUAACCCUCUGCAGUAUCCUCUGGUCAUGACCCACAAGGUCUGUCUCCAGUUGGUGGCUGCCUCCUGGAUCAGUGGAAUUCCUAUCCAGGUAGGGUUGACAUUCCAGAUAUUUUCUCUACCAUUUUGUGCUUCCAGAGUAAUCAACCACUUCUUCUGUAACAUUCCCCCAGUACUUAAGCUGGCCUGUGGGGAGAUGUUCACCAAUGAGCUGAUGGUCUACAUGACUGCUCUGCUGUUUGUAUCGGCCCCAUUUCUGUUCAUUCUUAUCUCCUAUAUCAAAAUCAUCUCUACAGUCCUUAAAUUGCCAUCAAUCACAAGCAGGGCCAAAGCCUUCUUUACCUGCUCAUCUCAUCUUACAGUGGUGCUGUUAUUCUUUGAAUCAGCCAUUAUUACAUAUUUAAGACCUGAGGCUAGUCAUUCCGCAGAAGCUGACAAAGUGCUUUCUCUUUUCUAUACUAUUGUGACUCCCAUGUUUAACCCCAUGAUGUAUAGCCUGAGGAACAAGGAUGUCAAAAGGUCAUUGAGAAAAUUAUUAUGUAGUUUAUGUGAAUCAAUGUAA